AUGUACCAGAAAUCAAUCCCUCUGGUACUCUUGUUAGUACAGAAGGUUCUUAGUCUGCCGGCGACCAAUGAGUACUCCGAUGUUACUAAUAACGGUGUUGUUGGAGUCUCCGAUGCUACCAAUAACGGCGCCUAUGGUUCUACAAAUGCCAACAUCGGUGGCAAUAUCGUUCCCCCAGCUCAAAAUGCGGUCAAUCCCCAAAACGCAGUUGGGAAUGGCCCUUCUCCAAAUGGUCCGGCGAAUCCGCCAGGUCCAGCCUACGAGAGUGGCAUCAGUUCUGUGGGCACUCAGGAGGUCAUAACUUCAACAAUAGUAGUAACGUGGACCACGAACAGGGCUCUUAAGCCAACAGUUGCACCGAACGGCAUUCCAAUUGACCCAGGCAAUUUCAUCGCUGCAAACACGGACCAGAGAGGCCCAGUCCAGGCUCCAGGUGCUCUUAAUGGCCCAUCAGCUGGGGUCAGUGGUGCCGCAUACCUACCCAGUUACUCGUCCAUGCCAGGUAGUGUCAGUGGGGGCGCUUAUGCAGUUGCUUCCUCAAGCAACGUUGUCGAUACUUCAUACCAAUCUACCGCUCCUGUCAUCCCUGCGGGUAAUGGCCAUGAUUCGUCAAAUACACCGACUUCCGUGCAGGUUGCUCCAGUACCUGAACGAUCGUCUAAUGCACUAUUCACGACAGAUCCGGCUCCACAGCCUGUGCAAAGCACCUCACCUCCCGACGCAACUCCUUCAUCAGAGGGGACAGACGAGUCUCCCGACACCACGACAGACGACGACAUGAUCCCUCCUAUAACAAGGGCACCACGCUUACCGACGUUCUCGGAGGCUCCACCUCGAUUCUCCACCAUGAGAAUUGAGUCCAUGGCCCACAAGAACGGUCUUUUAAGAACCGCGCUAAAUGGGAUUCAAACCAUCCUUCCGGUGAUUGACGGACUGGGGCUGCUGGGAAUUGAGAGUGAGGGUACAUAUUUGAACCUGCCUGGCUUGCUUGACGCAAUUGAUAUUCCCUGUCUAUUCCGCUGCAAUACGCCCCCUGCACCUACAAGCCCUCAGCCCGGAGCAGUUCCUCAGGCCCCCGCCGCAGCUCCUCCAGUAGCGGCCCCCGCAGUCGCCGGUGCUCCAGCUGCAGCUGCUCCGGUUGCUGGCGGGGGCGUUGGUGCUGUUGGCGCUGGUGCUCCAGCCGCUGCUGGUAUGGCUGCCGGAGGUGCUGAAGCCGUUGGUGGAGCAGCCGGUGCUGGUGCCGCCGCUGGAGGUGCUGGAGCUAUUGGUGGAAUAGUCGGCGCUGGCGCUGGAGCAGUUGCCGGUGGGUUUGCUGGAGGUGCUGCAGCUGUUGGUGGAAUAGUAGGUGGUGGUGCCCCAGCCGCUGCCAAUGCGGUUGCUGGUGGUGCUGACGCUGUUGGUGGUGCAGCGGGUAAUGCCCCAGUCGAAGCUGCGCAGGUUCCAGCGCCCGAAGUUGGCGCUGGCGCGGCCAAUAACCCUCUCUUGGGUUCCCCCGGCAGAAGCCUCGUCAAAGGGGUACAAUCUGGCAUUGAAAAUGGCCUUGAUCAAUCAGGAGGAUCGCCCCAGUCAAAUAAUUUGCCGUCGCAAUCUCUAGAUGGACACGCCAAUGAUGCGGUGAACAAUGUGGGUCCGCAGCCAGGAUCAGACUCUAUACAGAAUGCUCCAGUCAAUGGAAUGGACAGCGGUAAUGCGAACGAUAUGAUCUACCCCGUGGCUGCAUCGAGCUCACCUCCGCCAGAGCCUAUUCAAAGUGGAUUAACAAGUGGCACUGAGAACAACAUGUACCAACCUGCAGCUCCUAUGUCAGUUAACUCUGCUCAGGCAUAUUCUGUGCAAGAUGGGGUACAGAGAGGUACUAAUGACAAUAUGGCUGCGGCUGGAGGCCUAACGCAACCGAACCAAGAACUGACCGGCUCCGUCCAAUACGGCGUUCACAAUGGGUAUGGCAACAAUAUGGCUCCCCCAGCAGGCUCUAUAGUACCGAACUAUCCCCCGGCGGCUCCGCCCCAGAAUGGCGCAUAUAUGGGCAUGCACAACAACAUGAAUAACGCCAACGCCAAUAUCCAGCCAACAAACAACAUGGGCCAAUCUAUGCCUCCUGCGGGUGCAACGAUGAAUUCUUUCCUCGGUGGUGCUCAGGGCCCCCCAGCGGCGGGGCAGAUGAUUCAACCCAAUGUGGUGGCUGGAGGGCCCAUGGUCGUGCCUGGGCAAGUGAACUACCCCUCUAGUAGCUCGCUGAUCAACGCUGGACCAAUUCCCAUAUAUGCCGGAUCCAGCAGUAGGCCGCUAUUCCCAGUAAUGAUUACGCCUGGACCCUCGCUCACACCCAUGGGUACUCCUACGCCCACACCCGCCGCAGCGUCUUCUAGUGUGCCGCCACCCGUUACCACGACCCAGUCCAAUGGAGAAGUCGUGUCCUGCGCCUCCGGAAAGUACUUCGACGACGACCACGAUGCAACACCCGAGUGCGCUGGAGCAACGAAGGUAAUCUCUACCGUGGAAUCCAUCGCCUCUUCCUAUUCGGCCGAGGCAUCUGCGUCUACGUCCAGGAUGGCAGAAUUUGUAUCCUACAUGGGUGUUGUCCAUGCAUCUGCUGCCGCAUCGAAGAUCGCUGGUAUCAAUGGAUGGACUGAUGGGCAGUCGUUCUCCGAUGCCCUGAGGAAGAAAUGCCACAAGAACGGAUUCUUCGUCAACUUCAAGAUCAAUGAUUACCUCUUCUACAAGCAUGAAAAGUCACAAUUCGAAGGCAGAGAACGAGACACUGAGAAGGUCACGUUCACGAUGUCGGGCUUCAAGAACGGCUGUGUCGAGGCUGCCAUUUUGGACGCUGGCGGACCUAGGCAUAUAUGCGAUCAUAAAAAGGAGGAUAAGUUGCCACCGAAGAAUAUGAAAGAGGCAAAGGACGCCGGAGAGAACGUUGAUGAUCUUCUCAUGAUACCUGUGAAAGAGUAA